CUCCUCCUCCUCGCGCCGUCAGGUGAGUCCUCGCUGUCAGCUGUCAACACCUCAGGGGAUCUUCAGGAGGUGAUCCUGGCAGCCAUCUUGCCCCUCACUAAUACAGACUAUGCGUGGGCCUGGCCCCGCGUGGCGCCGGCCCUCCACCAGGCGGUGCGGCGGGUGAACUCUGACCCCUGGCUGCUGCCGGGCCUAAAGCUCCGGCUAGUUAACGGCAGCUCAGAAAACCUCGACGGCUUCUGCUCGGACUCUAUGGCCCCACUAGUUGCUGUUGACCUCAAGAUGUCCCAUGACCCCUGGGCCUUCAUCGGCCCCGGCUGCGACUACUCCUCCUCGCCUGUCGCCCGCUUCACCACCCACUGGGGGGUUCCCAUGGUGACAGCCGGCGCCCGCGCCAUCGGCUUCGAGCUCUACGCCGCGGUGACCAACACGGGCCCCACCCACAAGAAGCUGGGGGAGUUUGGCGCCCGGAUCCAGGAGAAGUUCGGCUGGCGGCACGCCAUGCUCAUCUUCAGUGACAACAAGGACGCCAACGACGACCGGCAGUGCUACUUCGCCAUAGAGGGGCUGUACACGCAGCUAGGCAACCGCAGCAUCACCACCCGGGACCACGUCCUCGAGGACGAUGUCAACUUCAAGUCUCUGGUGCAGGACAUCAGAGAGAACGGCAGAGUUGUGUACCUGUGCUGCUCCUGGGACAUCUUGAGGAGUCUGAUGGUGCAGUUCUGGAAGGAGGGGGUGGACCUGCAGGAAUACGUCUUCUUCUUUAUCGACCUGUUUGCCGAGGGCUUGGGGGGGCGGGGCCCCGUCAGACCCUGGUACCGAGGGGACCAGGACGACUCCACCGCCCAACUCGCCUUCAGGAGCGUGAAGGUGUUGUCGUACCUGGAGCCUCAGAAUCCAGAAUAUCGUCAGUUUGUUGAAACUCUGAAGAGCGACGCAAAGAAGUUAUUCAACUUCACCAUCGAAGACUCUCUGUACAACCUGAUCGCCGGAGGCUUCCACGACGGAGUGAUGCUCUACGCUCACGCUCUGAACGAGACCCUGGGCCAGCACAGAGCCCCGGGGGGGGUCCUGAGACCCCAACAGGACCUGGUGACCAGGAGGAUGUGGAACAGAACAUUCCCAGGAGUGAUGGGCGUGGUGGAGAUGGACGAGUUCGGGGACAGACAGAUGGACUUUUCUUUGUGGGACAUGACGGACGUCGACUCUGGAGAGUUUCAGGUGGUGUGUGUGUACAACAGCAGUAGAAAACAGCUGCUCAUGCAGAGUGGGCGGAGCUUCCAGUGGCCAGGUGGAGCUCCGCCCCCAGAUGUUCCGGAGUGUGGCUUCAAGAACGACAAACCCUCGUGCCUCGCACGUACAGUCUCGAUGCAUCAGAUGGUUGCCAUAGUGAUGUCUUUCAUCUUCGUCAUCAUCGUCACGGUGACCAUCUUUAUCUGCAGGAAGCUGAAGCUGGAGAGCGAGCUGGCUGCUCAGCUGUGGAGAGUCUCCUGGGACGACGUCCAGAUGAGCAACCUGGAGAAAGUCCUGAAGAGAGCCUGCAGCCGACUCACCAUGUCUCUGAAAGGAUCCAACUACGGCUCCCUCAUGACCAUGGAGGGAAACUUCCAGAUCUACACCAAGACUGGAUACUACAAGGGAAAUCUAGCUGCCAUCAAAUAUAUCAACAAGAAGCGUGUAGAGCUGACCAGGAAGGUUCUGUUUGAGCUGAAACACAUGCGUGACGUCCAGAACGAGCACCUGACUCGCUUCAUCGGGGCCUGCAUCGACCCCCCCAACAUGUGCAUCAUCACAGAGUACUGCCCCAGAGGCAGUCUACAGGACCUGAUGGAGAGCGACAGCAUCACGUUGGACUGGAUGUUCAGAUACUCGCUCGUCACCGACAUCGUCAAGGGGAUGAGCUUCCUCCACAACAGUGUGAUCCUCUCCCACGGGAACCUGAAGUCGUCUAACUGUGUGGUCGACAGUCGCUUCGUCCUGAAGAUCACGGACUACGGUCUGCAGAGCCUCCGGGGGGGCUGCCCCGAGGACACACACGCCUACUACGCACGGAAACUGUGGACGGCUCCAGAACUGCUGAGGUCCGACUGCCCCCCCCCCGGGGGAACUCAGAAGGGAGACGUCUACAGCUUCGGGGUCAUCCUGCAGGAAGUGGCUCUGCUGAGAGGAGUUUUCCACCUCGACACUCAAACCCUCAAUCCUAAAGAGAUCAUCCAGGCGGUGAUUCGGGGUGGUGCCCCCCCCCUGCGUCCCUCCCUCUGCUUCCACAGUCACAGCGAGGAGCUCGGAGUCCUGAUGCAGCGCUGCUGGAGCGAAGAGCCGAGUGAGAGGCCGGACUUCAGCUCCAUCAAGAUCCUGCUGGGGAAACAACACAGAGGUUAUGGUUCAAACAUCCUGGACAACCUUCUGUCUCGGAUGGAGCAGUACGCCAACAACCUGGAGGAGCUGGUGGAGGAGAGGACGCAGGCGUACCACGAGGAGAAACGCAAGGCUGAAGCACUGCUCUACCAGAUACUACCACAUUCAGUGGCUGAGCAGCUGAAGCGAGGGGAGACGGUUCAGGCUGAAGCUUUCGACUCCGUCACCAUCUACUUCAGUGACAUCGUGGGCUUCACCGCGCUGUCGGCUGAGAGCACGCCGCUGCAGGUGGUCACUUUUCUGAACGACCUCUACACCUGCUUUGACGCCAUCAUCGAUAACUUCGAUGUUUACAAGGUGGAGACUAUUGGUGAUGCCUACAUGGUGGUGUCUGGGCUGCCGGUGAGGAACGGUAACUUCCACGCCCGGGAGGUGGCCCGGAUGUCUCUCGCCCUUCUGGAGGCUGUGAAGAGCUUCAGGACCCGACACCGAGCCAAUCAGCAGCUGCUGCUCCGCAUCGGAAUACACAGCGGUCCAGUUUGUGCCGGUGUGGUCGGGCUGAAGAUGCCCAGGUACUGUCUGUUUGGAGACACGGUCAACACAACGUCACGCAUGGAGUCCAACGGAGAGGCUUUGAAGAUCCACGUGUCAGAAGCCACUCGUCAGGUUCUGCUGGAAUUCAGCUGCUUCACAUUAGAGCUCAGAGGAGAAAUCCAGGUGAAGGGCAAAGGUCCAAUGAGGACGUACUGGCUGCUGGGAGAGGAAGACAACUGACAGAGGAAGACAACUGACAGAGGAAGACAACUGACAGAGGAAGACAACCGACAGAGGACCGCAACCGGCAGAGGACGACAACUUACAGAGGAAGACAACCGACAGAGGACGACAACCGACAGAGGAAGACAACCGACAGAGGACGACAACCGACAGAUGACGACAACCGACAGAGGAAGACAACCGACAGAGGAAGACAACCGACAGAGGAAGACAACCGACAGAGGAAGACAACCGACAGAGGACGACAACCGACAGAGGACGACAACUGACAGAGGAAGACAACCGACAGAGGAAGACAAC